CUUGGAGUUUGGAGCAGGCGGGAAACAUAAAAGAGGCUUCUUGGUUCUUUAGCUACAAUCAGGAGAAGGGAAAAAAAAAAAAAGGCUUUAGCUAAUCCUAAACCCUUACACUGCUGCUCUUCCUUCCUUCUUCUUUCUCAGCCAAAAAUGGGCAUCAAGGGUUUAACGAAGCUUCUAGCGGACAAUGCACCCAAGGCCAUGAAGGAACAGAAAUUCGAGAGCUAUUUCGGCCGCAAGAUCGCCAUCGACGCCAGCAUGAGCAUUUACCAGUUUCUCAUUGUGGUGGGUCGCAGUGGGACUGAAAUGCUCACCAAUGAAGCGGGUGAAGUCACCAGUCAUCUGCAAGGCAUGUUUACUCGCACAAUUCGGCUUCUUGAAGCUGGGAUCAAACCUGUCUAUGUUUUUGAUGGUCAGCCUCCUGAUUUGAAGAAACAAGAGCUUGCAAAACGUUACUCAAAGAGGGCAGAUGCUACUGAGGAUUUGCAACAAGCCAUGGAGGCUGGCAAUAAGGAAGACAUUGAAAAAUUCAGCAAGCGGACAGUAAAGGUGACAAAGCAGCACAAUGAAGACUGUAAACGGCUUUUAAGACUUAUGGGGGUACCUGUGAUUGAGGCUCCUUCUGAGGCAGAGGCUCAAUGUGCUGCACUUUGCAAAUCACGAAAGGUUUAUGCUGUGGCUUCUGAGGAUAUGGACUCUUUAACCUUUGGAGCUCCUAGAUUUCUUCGCCAUUUAAUGGACCCUAGCUCAAGAAAAGUUCCGGUCAUGGAGUUUGAAGUUUCAAAGGUUUUGGAGGAGCUGAAUCUUACCAUGGAUCAAUUCAUUGACUUGUGCAUUCUUUCUGGAUGUGAUUAUUGUGACAGCAUUCGAGGAAUUGGGGGACAGACAGCUUUGAAGUUAAUUCGUCAACAUGGGUCUAUAGAGCAUAUUCUUCAGAACAUAAACAAAGAGAGAUACUCAAUACCUGAUGAUUGGCCAUAUCAAGAGGCUCGACGGCUUUUUCAAGAACCAUUAGUCUGUACUGAUGAUGAGCAACUUGAGAUGAAGUGGAGUGCUCCAGAUGACGAAGGGUUGAUAACCUUUCUGGUGAAUGAAAAUGGGUUCAACAGUGACAGGGUGACAAAGGCAAUAGAAAAAAUUAAAGCAGCCAAGAAUAAGUCAUCUCAGGGCCGAUUAGAGUCAUUUUUUAAGCCAGUUGGUAACACAUCUAUGCCAAUUAAACGGAAGGGAACCAAAUGCAUGCUUCAAUUUCCCAAACCAGCACUCAAGUCUAAGAUACUCUCUCCACAAGUUCAUGAAUUUUCCAGGCCCAAGGGUUUUGGCAGCAUGCCAACAUUGGGGCUGGAUUUCAAGCACUCAGCGGCAUUUUCUAGAGGAAACACCACAGAACAUCCCUAAAGAAACUAGUAACAAAAAGUUGAAGGCUGGUGGGGGCAAGAAAAAGAAGUAAUUGAGUGGUGGAUGAGCAACUGCAUUGAUCAGAUUAGACUAUUUUGUUUUUCUCAAUGAAUCUUUUCUAUAACUUAUUGGUUUUUAUAUUUUCAAAGACAGUCCUCUGGAAGCUUUGAUGUAUAAUCUUUGAUUGUUGAAGGAAGGCAAAGACCAUAAUGGACAUCUUUAUUGUGAAGAAGCAAAAAGAAAAAAAAGAAAAAAACGUUCAUCCUUUGUUGUAGAGUUCCAUGUUACUGUUUUAUUUGCUGGUAGUGUACGGGUCUGGUUCCAAUACAUUUGAGUGAUAUGAUUGAAGUAGAGGUGGAUAAAAUGUUAUAGGGGUUGAGAUAAUGAAAGGGUAGUUGGUAUCUUUAGAUGGUUUGAGGACAUAGCCCUUAAUUGAGCAGGUUGGAGAAAUUGUUGCCAAAACAAUCUCAUUUACAGCUAAAGCUUUAGCUGAUUUGAGUUGUGCAGUAGCAUACCAGGAUCUUCAUAACAUCUUACAGUAUCUGAACAGAACUAACCGAAUCCAAUGGCUGUCAGGCAUACUGUUUUUGGAUUAUUGAGAUUUGAAGUUUUAUGAGCUAUUUGGUGG